UUUCCAUAGACUAUUUACAAAACUGCACACACAGUUUUGAUUAAGGAUUUGUUAAAAGAUCAUGGCAUUCGGGGGAGGAGCGCAAGGGCCAACAAGACGGCUACUUGAGGUCACAGGCAAGCUAAUUUAGAGGAAUUAAUAGCAGGGCUUGCUUCAUCUUCAUCUUCAUCUUCAUCCUUUGCUUGAUUUCAUUUUGAUGUCUUUUUCUUCCUUUUUCAAUGGUGGUACAGUUGAUCGAUGCUACAACUUGGAGGACAGAGGACCUUUUGCGACUGAAUACACAUGCAUCCUUAUGUAUGGUGGUUCGACGAAGAGGACUAGACCAUGCUUUGGUGGAGGCUCACACCCAAUUUUUGAAGAGAAAUUUGUUUUCGAAUUCAUUGAAGGAGUUGUAGAAUUGAACAUUUGGGUCUUAACCAAUCGGUCCUCGGGAAACGUAGAAGCUCUCGGCGUCCUAAGAGUUGAGCUACAACAAGUACUUUUCAACGGCUAUGUUGACUCGACCUGGACUCUACACGGUACAGAUGGAAGGCCCGCAGGCUCUAUACGACUCACAUUGCAAUUUCCCCCCAGUUCUAGGUUUCAAGGCCAAGGUUCAAUCUACGAAGCGCCAACGUUGGAUUCUACGGCUCCUGUAGGUACACCCCAAGCUCCGAUAUUGUACCAACUCCUACCGUAUGACGCCCGUCCGCCGCCGAGGCCUGCAUCUUUUGUUGGCCCAAAUGCUUCCUAUCCUCCCAAUUCAGCUGUGGCACAACAACCAAAUGGCACAGGACCCGCCGCUCAAUGGUCCCAAUUCCUACCGUAUGGAUCUCCUUCACCGGCUGCCCCUGCUUGUGCCUAUAAUUCAACCACUACCCCACCUCUAGGCUACCCUCUGCCACAAUACCCACCAGGUUUGAACCCCUUUGAUAUUUACCCGCCUCGACCACACUGACAACUCACCUCAAGAUGUCUGAAUUAUAUGCUUUUGUUAAACACAAAGUUGAAGGAUGUUGUAGAUUAAAUUUGAGAGCUUUUCUAGUAUUUUUCCGCUACCUACUUUUUGUUCAUCCUAUGAAAAACAGUAUCCAUAUGGGAACUGUUUGAGUCUCUGCCCCACCAUCAAAUUUUUUCUGUAUUUUGGUUUGUUCAGAAUUCGAAUCAUAAAUAUCAUUCAUAA